CCCAGCUCGCCCCGCGCGCGCCCCCUCCCCGCCGGCUGCAGCCCGGGCCCCGCCUGGUCAGCUGGGCGGCCGGCCGGGAGAGCGGCCUCCAACGCUCCGUCCGGCAGGGGCGGCGGCGGCGAGCGGAGGUACUUUGGAUGGUUCCCGCUGGAGGCUUUGGGCUAUAGCUGGGUCCCCCUCCCACCCCUCCCACCCCUUCUCCUCUCUCCCCCCCCCUCUUAAGGGCCGCCCUUCUGCACCCACUAAUGACUGCGUGGAUCAUCCUCCCUAUCAGCCUCUCUACCUUCUCCAUCACUGGAAUAUGGAUUGUGUAAGAGCUGUUGUGAAUUGUGGCUGGGUCACACAGGAGGGAUGGAGUCUCCAGCGUGCUUUGUUUCCUCCUGCAGAGAAGCAUCGGGCUCCUCUGCUAUUCCCUGAGCUGCAGGGCUGCAUCAGCAGUUCCCUUGCACACCUGCUGGCCGGAUUCUUUCCCAAGAGCUAUGCCAUGGCAGUCAUGAACCACCAUGUGUGUCCUGUUGAGAACUGGUCAUACAACGAGUCUUGUUCUGCUGAUUCUACCAAGCACGGUUACCCCAAAAGUUGCUGCACUUUGGAAGAUGUCCCUUUGAUCAGUAAAUGUGGCACUUACCCUCCUGAAAGUUGUCUCUUCAGCCUUAUUGGGAACAUUGGAGCUUUCUUGGUGGCCAUCAUCUGCUUCCUGCGCUACGGGCAACUCCUGGAGCAAAGACAGGCCUCUGGGGUGAACACAGCAGCCCUCGUCACCGGUUGCACCAAUGCGGCUGGCCUGGUGGUGGUUGGAAAUUUCCAGGUGGAUUAUGCCAAAUCUCUUCACUACAUUGGAGCUGGCGUUGCCUUCCCAGCCGGCCUGCUUUUCGUCUGCCUCCAGUGCUUCCUCUCCUAUCACACGGCCGUUUCUGCCCUGGACUUCUGGAUGGCCCAUCUACGUGUUUUCCUCUCCACCAUGGCCUUCAUCUCUCUUGUCCUCAGUGGCAUCUUCUUCAUCUACCAGAGCUUCCUCCUGCAGCACCUGGCUGCCAUCUGCGAGUGGGUCUUCGUUAUUGACAUUCUCGUUUUCUACGGAACCUUUAGCUACGAGUUUGGUGCCAUCUCCAACGAGACCCUGGUGGCUGUCCUGCAGCACUCUGGCGGCCGAGGCUGCAAGUCGCCCGGUAGCAGCAGCACCUCCACCCACCUGAACUGCCACCCGGAGAGCAUUCCCAUGAUCUGAGUGGUAGGAGAGAGGGCAGGCGCACCCCACCUCCUCCGCUGCUCUGGCAGGCGGCCUUAAGUCUUCAGGCCAUUUUUAUACCAGGAUUGUUUUUUUAAAGAGCCUGUUGCUGCCCAGCCUUUCUGCGAAAUGUUCAUUUUCCAAGUCUCCAGAGAAGUUCCCAGGGCCUCUUUGCCCAGCCUCUGCGCAAAGACACCUUGAAGCCUUUCUCUGCUGAAUCUCUCGCCGCCCUUCAGGGAGUGCCUCCAAGCCAAGUGUGCUCUUGUGUGUGUUGGGGUACCCGAGAACCUGGGUUCCUCUGGCAAAAGUUGUGCCUCACUGCCACCUCGUCUUUUUCCCAGGCAAGUGUUACUUAAUCUGUAGAAGCAAAUUAUGUGGGGAUGCCCCCUGUGCUGGUGGGGAUACUUACCCCUCCUCUUGUGAAGAAAAGUAUGCGAAAGAGAGUACCUCCAUCCUUUUCACAUACAUACACACACACACACACCAUCAUACAGAGUUCAUUUCUUCAGCCCCGGAUAAAGUGGUUUGAUAUUUUGUAGAACUUUUUUGUAUAUUUACAUAUAUAAAAGAGCCAUCAGAGGAAGA